AUGUCAUCACUACAACAGCCCAUUCCACCGAACUCAACGCUAGCAACGACAGCUAGUUCGAAUCAAAGUGGUUCCAAUGAUUUUGUCAAGAAAUUAUUCCUUAUGUUACAAGAAGAUAGUUAUAAAGAAGUUGUUAGAUGGACAGCGAGUGGUGAUAGUUUUGUUGUUAUCAAUACAAAUGAGUUCACGAAAGAUAUACUACCACGUCAUUUUAAGCAUUCUAAUUUUGCAAGUUUUGUUCGUCAAUUAAACAAAUAUGAUUUCCAUAAGGUAAAGAUCCCUAACGAGGCAAAGGCAACUUAUCCGUAUGGGGAAGAUGCAUGGGAGUUUAAACACCCGGAUUUUAGAAUCAAUGAUAUAGAGGCUUUAGAAAAUAUUAAGCGAAAGGGUCCCACAGGGAAGAAGACUGCUGCUGGUUCCACUACUCCCAGUGCCAAAGCAGAAUCAAGUAAUAAUGGCGCCCAAGCUGCUUGCAAUCAUAACUAUACGCAACUUUCAGCAUCAAAUAAUUAUUUAAAGGAACAAGUGGAAAAUCUCAAGAAGGAAAACAAUAGUUUACAUCAAGAAGUUAAUUUAUUGGAUAGAAAAUACAAGACGGUAGUGGAAAAUAUCGUGGCAGUGAAUACAUUCAACGAAAGAUACCACAGAUCUAUCAGCAUUUUAAUAAACACUUUGCUACAAUCGGGGAUAAAAUUGCCUCCAUUAGAUUUCCCACCACCAGCACAAUUAGGUCCUGAUUCUGGUUUACCUACUGGUUUGAGUUCAAUGUCAGAUACAACAUUGCCAAGUAUUUCUCAACAUCUUCAGUCCCCAUUGCAACAUCAUACGCAGUUAAUGAAUAGAUCCAUAAGACCAAUAACAAGUCCAGUAGGAAGUGUCAAACCACUGCCACUAGUACAACAUGCUGUGGUUCAUCCACCACCACCUCAUCAAUCAGGGCCACAACCAACAACAGGUGUUUCAGCAGCAGCACCACCACCACCACCACCGGGUCCAAUACCACUUCAGUCUCUGGUUACAACUCCAGGAGGUUCUGUUAAUGUACCUGUUGCAGUGCCGGUAUCUGGUCCUCAAACCUUGGGUCCUCUUCCUCCUCCACCUCCUCCGCAACCACAAACACAACCACAACCACAGACGGUUGCACCACCAACAACUCAGCCACAACCACAACCUCCUCAAUCAAGUCAGGGUGCACCAGUUGUUACACCUCUACUGCAACAACAUGCAGGUAGUGCGUCAAACGUUCCUACUAUUUCACCUAAAUCUCCUGCUAUUUCAAUGAGCACAUCCGCUUCCCCAAACACAUCCGCACAGAUCAACACCACCACAGUUCCAAAUCCAAAAUUCCAUGUAUUAUUAGUUGAAGAUGAUAAUGUUUGCAUUCAAUUGUGUCGUAAAUUUCUAGUCAAAUAUGGAUGUCUGGUCACAGUAGUUACAGAUGGAUUAAAUGCUAUUUCCACGGUUGAGCACACAAAGUAUGACUUGGUUUUAAUGGAUAUUGUCAUGCCUAAUUUAGAUGGUGCCACUGCAACUAGUGUUAUCCGUUCAUUUGAUACAAAGACCCCAAUUAUAGCCAUGACUGGGAAUAUCGGUGAUAAUGAUUUAGUAACAUACUUGCAAAAUGGUAUGUCUGAUAUCUUGGCUAAACCAUUUACAAAAGAUGAUUUGUAUGCAAUCUUGGCUAAACAUUUAUUAGAACCUAAAGAACUUAAACAAGAAGAUCAAGAACAACAACCGGGUAUCAAAAAGCCACGGUUGACUUAA